AUGAGCAACUCUAGGACUUCAUUUAAGGAAUAUGGCACACCUCCAUCCUCACCUAUUCCCUUUUAUCAGGAGACUAGUACAGUAAAGCCUGUAGCCCGAGACUGGCAAUCAAAGCCAGAGCUGUGGGCUCAGGCUGUUUAUCAACAGCUCAAUGCCCAGCUGCAGAAGCCCCUAGAACCAGGCAAGUCCCUAGCAGUAGGGCGCCUUCUGGCUGAACUUCAGGAUCUUCUGGCUGCUGUGCUCAAAGAUGGCAGUCCUGCAGCUUGGUUCUACCUAUAUAAUGUGUUGGGCUCUCUGUCACCUUACCGGACCCUACUUUGUGACCACCUUGACCUACUACCUUUCUUGGAGCAGAUGUAUCAUUGGGCCCCCCAGAUCCAGAUCCAGUUUGGUCUGGAUUUUCUGGAGAUGCUGGAACGGGUCUUUCCACCAGAUACCUCUAUGAUGUUCUCAACUACCCAUACUUGUUGCAGGCCCAAGAAGAAGUUUAAAUCAUUGAACUUUCAAACUUUGGGCCCAUCAUGCCCUUUUGUUCAGGCUGAGCAAGAACAGAGGCAAGAACAGGAUGGAGAUAAAAAUUGGGUAUACCCUGUGACCCUCUCUGAGCUACAAUAUGCUCUGGGCAUUGUGGGAGUGGAUGUGGCCCAAGAUGAAGCCUUCUGGAUGAAUGGCCUUGGUCUUCUGCCUUUGGCCAUGGCCACAGACAUCCCUGUGAAUUACAUCAGCAGUAAAGAAGAGUGCCACUAUCAUGGUGUUGGGUCUAGAAACAGAUCUCAGCUAUUGUCAUUAGCUUCUGCUGAAACAAGGGGGUCAAGCUCUUCCUACUCAACUCAGAAAACAAUGCUAAAGAACCAGAUUAUUUCUCUUCUUUGGAGGAGCAAACAUCUAUCUCAGACCCACUUCAUCUACCUCAAUUUGGCUUCUACUAGGCAUUUCAGGCCAUAUAGCCUGACAGUGGUGCCACAGUCCCAGGCAAACCCAGAGCACUACAUUUUUUCUCCUUUUGGAGUCCUGCACGUGCAUCCUGUGGAAGGCAGUGAGAUAAUAACAUUGGGUAUUUGGCACCGGCAUGCCAUGAUCUGGCAACAUCUACAAGAAAUCCCCUUCUUCAAGCAUUUUCUCGUGAGGAGGGCCUUGAUUUGCUGGAGGAAGAAUGUUAAGUUGCAGGUGCUGGAGAAACGCCGGACUUUCCUGGAGAACUACUUGUUCCUUGCUAUACCCCAUUUUGGGGUUUGUCUGCUUCACAUUAACAGGUUCCUACAGCAGCUACAGUCUGUUUCAUGGCUACCCCAGGAGGAGAAUCUAUGCUACACACUUCCUGAGCUGCAGCGGGCCUUGGCCAAGAAGAAUAGAGGAGCUUUGCAGGUGUUGCGACGUUGUCUCCGCCUCUCUGCAGCUGUUCUCCAGCUGGUGCAUGAAGACACAUAUCGGAUGCGGCAGGGCCUGCAGGAGCGAGUGGAGAGCAUCUUUGAAUAUAGUUCAGCAAAGGGCUCCAUGUACCGAAAGUGGUUUCAUAGACAGCAGCUACUACAGAAGCUGAACCGAGCUGAGCUGUGGUGGCAACUUUUGGGACGCCUUGCUUGCCUUGUUGACUUUAUGACUUGCCAGAAUCUUGUCUCUAUUUUGGAGAAUGAGCUGGUCACCUUUGUUACUUGUGUUCUACAGGCUCCAAGGCAGGUUGCCUUUCUGUCAGGAAAGUUGGCCUUUGGCGAAGAUGGAAAGCUGCUUGUGAUGCCAAGUGCCGAGCAGAUGGCCCAGAGCUUAUCUGGAUGGUUGAAUGCUGUGGUGACCUCAGCCCUAGAGGUUAUGAAGCCUACAGAGUUCCAAACCUCUCUACUCCCCUCCCGAGCCACUUCAGAUAAGUCUCAGAGAGAAAGCAGAUCAAACAGUACAUCUGUGCCUAUAGAGGAAGAGGAUGAAGAGGAAUUAAUUCCAGCAUUUAUUUCCUUGGCAUUCCGGUCCCAACCUAAUGAAGCUGUCAGAAUCUUUUGUGGCCCUGAUACAGAGAUGGUGCGUUCAAGGAGGUCUGACCCUACUGCUGGGCCUCUUGAGGUUUUUGGGCAUAGAAUAAGAUCCCAGUUUGCCCCUCCUAGCCGAAUCCAGCUACAGAAUGAUUUGAACACUAACCUUGGAAUCCAAAAGGCCUUAACUAUCCAGCAAGCAUUAUUAGAGGAUAUGUUAUUGGAAGUGAACAUGUUCUGCAAUGAUCACAAAUGGCUUAGGGGCAUCCACCAAUUUCUGAAGAACUGGGGACCCCAGAAGUUGGAGCCCAUGCAGGGCUGGACUGCUGCAAAAUAUCUGGAACUCCUUACCAAGCUGGAUUCUUGGCAGAGCCAAUUGAAAGGGGUACCCACCAUGAUGCUCACCAAAAAUAUGCUACUGCAUCUCAACUGUAAUUGUGUACAGACAGACAUUGUGGCACACUUGGAAGAUAUCAAGAUGGACAUCUUGGCUCAAGUGAACAGUGAGAGGUACACUCAAAAUCAAGAACUCAUGAAAAUUCUCUCAGAGUAUGUGCAAGUUCUCCAAAACAUCAAUGCUAACAUCCGGACCAUUGCCAAAUAUUCCCAGAAGCUGACAGAGGCCAAUGAAAAGAGUGCAGAGCUGGAGGAACGAAUAGACUAUGUACGUAGUCUCAAUGACCUUGUCCGAACCAACUUUGGCAAAUUAACCCUUGAGGAUGAGGGUCUGGAGAUUGCGCUGUUAGAUAUGUGGGAGACCUUCAUCUUUGAGAAACUCCAGGCCUCUGAGUUCCUACUCAGCAAGAAGAGCACCUUGGUGCCUCAGCUUCAGGAAAUGAUAGCAAAUGCCCUGCAAGAGAUGGAAAACCUGAGCAUACAGGCUGUCACAGGAGUCUUCAUGGACCCCAGCCAGGAGCAGCGCAGUAUUGAGCGCCAGCUUAUCCGCAUGGAGCGUACAUAUCUCAACAUUUUUUCCCGCUUUGCUGAGCUACACCAUGCCUAUGUCAUCCUAAGUGAGGUCCGAAAGCCAAUACCAGCGCCUCAAAGAGGAACUGAACCCAUUUUACUGCAACAACGUAUCUGGCGUCUCUUUAGUGUAGCCAGUGAACAAAUUAGUGAAUGGAAGUGUCUGGCUUUUUCUAAGUUCAGCACCUCUUUUGCCUGGGAUAAAACAGAUCACUGGUUGACAGAGGCAGCCAAGCUAAGCAGGUUAUUCAGUCAGCCUAAUCCUGUGAUACAAGCCUGUAUGCACAAGCUGGAGGAAUUUCGGAGCAUUUUGCCAGUGUUGUCUAUGCUAAACAGCCCCCAUUUGAAAAUCAGUGGCUGGCAUGCCAUUUUUCGAGCCAUGGGUAUAAAUUGUCCUGAACACAUUGAAUUCCUAACCUUGGGCCAGCUGCUUUCCUACCCCCUGCUAGAACACCGAGACCGAAUCUAUCAGAUCUGGCUGAGUGAGAGAGAGCGCUGCCAGUAUCAAGAGACUCUGCAGCGGCUACAGCAGACUUGGGAGGACCGAAAGCUCCGCCUUCUCAACUUUAUGUAUUGUGUGCCCUAUGAGCCCCCUCUCUCAGAGCGCCAGCGACGUUCCCAGGCCCGCAGCCAAAGCCACAGCCAAAGCCGCAGCCAAAGCCGCAGCCAAAGCCGCAGCCAAAGCCACAGCCAAAAACAGCAAAUGGAGUUGGUGGCCAAAGACAGCGGUACCUAUAUCCUGUCUGAUAGUGAUACACUACAGGAUGGAAUCCAAGAAAACCUGCAAAUACUGCUCAAAAUCUUGAACUCCCCUUAUGCUGGAGAUAUUCAGGAACAAGCUCAAGAAUGGGUGAACAUCUUUCAGGGCCUACAUACCUUAAUGGAGGUUUGGGUGGUUUUCCAACAGAAGUGGAUUUUUCUGAAUAAAAUUCUCUAUGAGAUGAAGAUCCACUUCCCUACCCCAGAGUUGGGUGAAAGGUUCAAAGUGGUAGAUGCUCAAUACCGAGAAUUCAUGAAGGUGUUGAUAGAGGAUCCUCUGGUGCUCUCUCUUAUGGUGCCUAGAAGUUCACGAAACCCCAAAUUCCAAGACCAACAGCUGCAGAAGCUUCUGGAGGCGGGCAACAUGGAACUCGAGUUCAUCAUCUCAGCCCUAGAGUCAGUGCUCUAUGGGGUCCGUUCCCGCUUCCCUCGCCUCUUUUUCCUCAGCAACAGGGAGCUGGUAGCCCUGAUGUCAGCGCCCCCCGAGGCAUCGGAGGCCCAGCUGUGGGCCCACCGCUGCUUCACCCAUGUGCAGCAUGUGAUGUUUGGGCCGAGCAACUUCCAGGCAAGAAGCAGUUCCCUGGUCAUCAAAGAGGCACAUUCCAUCAUAGGCACAUACGGAGAGGUCCUGGUCCUGCGCUCCCCCCUGCCCAUACAACAAGAUAUCCCCAAGUGGCUAACCUGCCUCGAACACUGGCUACGGGCAGCCUUAGUCCAUGGGCUGCCAGAAUGUGUGGCUGCUCGCCUGGCCCUCCGUCAUUCCUUGGACCAUGUCUUUGAGCACCCACCAGAACCCGGGCAGCACUCCCUCAAUCACCAUGGCCGUCAUUGGCUAGAGCUGGCCCAGAACUUUCCCGUGCAGUGUGUGCUGGUGGCUGAGGAGAUUGCCUGGAGGGUUCAGGUGGAAGAGACGUUGCAGAAUCAAAAGGUCCAUCUUCUUGGCCUCAUGCAGCUCCGUAGGCUGGAGGCCCUGGCCCACUUUGCUCGGGACCAGAGGAGUCUCCAGCUUGGGCAACGCUCUUUCUCUCCCCGACAGUCCCUUCUGCUGAGCCUGCUGCUUACUGGGGCCGUAGCGCACCGGGACGCGGCGUUUCUUCUGCAGCAGUACCAGGUCAGUGAGCUGGAAGACUUCCACUGGGCCCGUCAGUUCAAGUACCACUUGGGCCCUCGAGAAAGCAACCAAAACGCAAAUUCCCUCGAAAAGUGCCCCCAAACGUGCUCAACAUCCUCACCCCAAAAGUACAAGCCCAACUGUUGGGUGGAAGUGCUGGGGCAGCCCUUCCUCUACAACUAUGAGUACCUGGGCCCCGGCCAGAGAAGAGUCGUCAACCUGCUGCACGAGCGGCCGGCUCUCGGGCUGCUGUUGGCCCUGAAGGAUGUGGUGUGUGGGGCCAUCCUCGGUCCUGCUGGAGUGGGCAAGGGUGACUUAAUGGCCAGGGUGGCCUACGCCUUGGGCCGCCAGAUGGUGACACUGCCCUGUGUCAUGCACAUAGAGGCCCGCUGCUUCGGGCGCUACCUCACUGGAGCCCUGCAGAGCGGGGCCUGGCUCCUGCUGCAAGCUGCCAAUUCCCUGCCCACGGGCCUGCUCUCCGCCCUGGGCCAGCGCUUGAAUAAUCUGCGCAUGCUCUAUCAGCCUCUGCUACCAGCAGCGCCAGAAAUCCCGGACAUGAAUCCGAUGCAGCCUCACAUCCUAGGCAGCGGCUUCUUUGAAAAUCGUCGAGUUCAUGUGCGCUUUGGCUACGGCUGCAUCUUAACGCUCAACCGCCCGCACUGCCCGCUACCCACUAACCUGCGCUGCUUGCUUCGCCCCAUGGCCAUGGCAGUGCCGGAUCUGCGGCAGGUGUCUGAAAUGACCCUGGUGGGCGCAGGGCUCCGCGAUGGUGGGCGCCUGGCAUCUCGUCUGGCCACAUUCUUCUCCUUGGAGAAGGAGCUAGAACCUGGCCUGCAAUUCAGUCGCCUCCCGCUACUCAGGCAGGUGCUUGAAACCACCCUACAGUUCUUAGAGAGUCCCAAGGACCAGCUGGGCCCCCCGCUGCCCCGAACCCUCGGUACCACAGAGGAGGCUGCUCUGCUUCGGGCCCUGCUCCACUGCCCACUGUUCAGUGGCCCUGAGCGACCCCGCCUCCAUAUGCUGCGCCAGCUGCUCUCCGACAUCUUCCCAGGUGCAGGAAACAUCCUGGCCACCCCAUGGUCCAUGACUCCUCCCAAACUGUCAGAUCGCUUAGAGCAGAUUGGCCUCCAUGUUACUCCUGACUUCCUGAGCUCUCUGGAGCAGCUGAGCCAGGCCUUGAGGCAAGUGCCUGGGAUCCUCCUCAUGGGCCCACCUGGCAGCGGUAAGAGCACCUGCUGGCAGAGCCUGGCGAAGGUCCAGAACCAGCUGGUGUCUAUGGGCAAAGCCUUCAAUGACAGUAAGCCUGUGUAUACCACCUCCCUAUACCCCAGCAGCCUCAGCCCAGAAGAAUUCCUCGGCUGGUAUGAGGACCACUGUUGGAACCACGGGGUCCUUUCCCAGCAGUUGUUGGCUAGUGUAAGCCACCGUGAAAAAGAAGACCCACAGGGAGUGGAGCAUUGGCUGGUCUGUGACGGAGUGCCUAAUGCUGCCUGGCUGGAUCCCCUUGCCUCCUUGCUGAAUGAUACUGCUAAGCUGAGCCUGCCCAAUGGCCAACAAAUACCCCUGCUACCAGAAAUCCGACUCUUACUAGAGGUGGUGAACACAGCUGGCAUGUCUCCCGUCAUAGUGGGAAGCUGUGCCCUAGUAUGGUGCGGGGGACAGCAGACGUGGCAAUCUAAGCUUGCCAGUCUAAUGACAGGACUGCCCCAAGAGUAUCAUCUGCUCCCCCAAACUAUGACUGAGUUGCACCAUCUCACAGAGUGCCUGGUGCCCACCAUGCUUCGCUUCCUAAACCGCCAGGGUGCCACCUCUGUGCUCCACAUUCAUGGACAGCCGAUAUCCAGUCCAGGGGUGACGGAGAUCACCACCAUGACCUACCUCCUUCGAGGGCUGCUUAACCCCUACCUCCAUUACAGAGAAGAGGAGCAGUCCAUGGGUGGGGGGAAAUACAGGAUGGGCCUGGAGGGAGGGAAGAGGGAGCCUAAUUCGGGAGAGGAGAAGGAAGGAGCCCACAGGAACAUGAGCUCCUUGAACACAAUUGUCCAAGACUCUGAGGAUAUUCUGGGCAGCAUAUCUUCUGAGGAACUCCAGCAGGAUGUGGAGGGGGAUAAACAAUAUCGAAACCAUUUGCUGACUAUCAAUAGCUUCCUCUUGGCCUUCAUAUGGGGCUUUGGAUCCCACCUUCCUUCCAGGUUUUGGCCUACCUAUGACAACUUUAUUAGGGGAAUUUUGAAGCACUACCCCAGCUGUCCUGAGCUGCCCACCUCAGCCUCUGUGUUUGACUUACAACUUUGCCCCGAGGAUGGAACCUUGGUCCCCUUCACAGGUUUCUACUUGAGCAGCCGGAUCAAGGGAGCUUCAGGGAUGUUCAACCCCUCACCCCAGGCAGAGCGAACGCUCUAUGUGAUGGAUCUGCUCUUGAAUACUGGGCAUCCUGUGCUGCUGACUGGAGAGGCUGGCUCUGGAAAGUCUACCUUUGUGGAAGUGCUAGUGGAGCCCAACCACUCAUGCUUGCGCAUCCCGAUCCACCUGGCUCUCACUACAACCCAACUACGAAAACUUCUGAGUCGAGAGAUCCAGAUCCAGGGCCAGAGUUGGCCAGGGAAACUCCUCACCACUAAGAACUCAUCCCUUUUUCUGCUGGAGGACCUGCACAUGGCAGCAGCUGAUGACCGGCGGAGAUGUCAGCCUGUCCUGGAGACCCUGCGGCAGGCCAUCAGUCAUAACACACUGUACAGCAAUACCACACUGGAGCUGCAGCCCAUCUCCACCUCUUUCAACUGGCUGGCCAUAGCCACGGCGCCCUGCUGCUCGGAGCUCCCUCUGUGCUCGCGGUUCACCCGGCUCUUCACCGUGCUGUUGCUAGACAGUGUAAACCGGACGACCCUUUUAACCAGGCAUGGGCCAGGCGUCCAGGCCUGGCUGGAGCGCUUCCCAUCUGUGGAGAGGGAGGAGCUCAUGGCCAGGGCACUGAUCAACGCCACAGUGGAUGCCUGGGAGGAGAUGCAGAUCCACUUCCCCGCCUCCCCCCGGCACCCUCACUACCACUUCUCCUCCCAUAUGAUGGAACAUCUGUUCAACAGUAUGCAGCGGCUGUACAUUCGACCGUCCAUCUACCUUCCAGAGGCCCAGCAACGGCUAGAGCAGCUUCGGCGCCUGUCGGGCCUCCGGGGUGCCCGCCUGACAACUCUGGUGGCUGUCCGGAGCGUGGUCCACCUCUGGCUGCACGAGGCCCAACGCACCUUCUCCGACCGCCUUGUCACAGCCAGAGAGCAGGAGCUCUGUGUCCAGAUGCUGCUGGCUGUGGCAACCAAUGUGUUUGGUAAGGUGGACGAUUCCAAGAGCCCGUGGGAACCUGGGGAGGCCAUAGAGGAAGAAGAAAUGGAAGCGGUGCCCGAGGUAGAAUCGGAGGGGGAGCUGGCCCAGUGGGAAAACCACAGUAGCAGCGAGAGUGAAGAGGAAGGCAAACCAGAGACGAGAGACCUCCUGGCCUUGACUGAGACGUGGCCUUCCUUUGGCCCUGGCCCCAAGUACUUGGGCUUGUCAACCUGGCCAGGGCCGCUAUCUGACAUGACUUCUUCACGCUUUUCUUUGAGCCUGAGCCAGGAUUCUUUACCCUUUCUAACGACAGAUAAGAGGGGGAAGAUCCAGUGGCAGAAAAUCACCAACCUAAACUUCUCAAGUCCGCUGUUGCUACCUGCCCUGAUGCUGCUGCCCCAGGAGCGGGCCAGUGAGCUGCUCUUCUCACAGGAGCUGGCACUAAUGCGCUCUGCUGAGGUGUCUAGACCUUACCUGGAGCAAACCUGGGAUAUCUUAGAAAAGCAGCUGGCAGCCAUGCUCCCACAGUUAGGUCCGGGCCCCCGCCUUUCCUUGUGUCGCCCCUUUACUCAGCAUGUGGUUCGUCUGGCCAGGGUGUUGUCUGGUCCACGACAACAUGGGCUCCUGCUAUCAGGUGUCAAGGGGACAGGGCGGCGAACUGCCCUAAAGUUAGCUGCCCAACUCAAUCAAGUUCGCCUCUUUGAGCUGCCCCUGGAGCCCCUGGAGUCUGUCCUGCAGUGCAUCAAGGAUGCCAGCUGGCAUAUAGGCUUCCUUAGCCAGCCAGCAGCCUUGAUGGUGCCAGAGGGGGCAGGUUCCUCCAUUUUGAACCGCCUGCUAGUUGUUGCAAAAUGUGGCUGCUUCCCUGGCCAGUAUUCAGAGGAGGAGCUGAACACCAUCGUAGAGCAGCUGCCAUCAGACAAUACAGGUGUCAAGAUGAGUUGCAAGAAGGAGGCAGUGCUGCACAGGUUCCGCCAGCUGGUGUGCAACAACCUCCAUCUAUUCAUCCUGAUGUCUGAUGGAUCAGGGCCUCCUCAAAUAUGCCCCACUGCCUUCCUGGCUCUCCUUGAUCUUACCUGCACCAGCAUUGACUACUAUGAGCCCUGGAACGAGAAUGCCCUGAUCAGCUUGGCCCAGAAUUACCUAGAGGAUUUCUUUAACAGAGAUAUGGGCUCUAGUAAGGCUGCCUUACCUUAUGACGCCUCUCCUCCCCUUCUCUCACACUCCAGCCUUGGCCAUCCAGAGCUUCCAGUUAUCCAGACCUCUGUUGCCAAUAUGAGCAAAGCCAUGGCUUUGAUCCACCUGUCAGCCACCAAAUACUAUCAUCAACUCUGUCCACUGCUGCCCUUAGCCACUCCCAAGACUUUCCUGGACUUUUUAGAUACCUUCUUGUUGCUGCACUUCCACAUAUCAAAUCGCAUCCGCAAGAAGAUCCAACGGAUUCGGAUAGCUCUCGAGAAACUGACCAUGGUGAUAGAACACAACAAUGCCCAUAACCGAUUGGUGUCCAUCCUGGAGACUGAGCUGCAAGCUGCUCAUGAGGACCUCUUCAACUGCCAGCAGCAGCUCGAGGCUGACCGGAUGCAAUAUGUUCAGUACCUGCUGGAUUGUCAGCAACAGGAAGUUCUCAUCGCCAAUCUUACCAAACAGAGAGACUUGCUGCAGAACCAGGAGGAGUCAGUCACUGAACAGAUGGACCAGGCUUUCCUGAGGCCCCUUGCCCAACUUAAGGGGACCGACAUGGAUGAACUGCGCAGUUACCGAGCUCCGCCUGCUUCUGUGGUGAUGGUGACUGAUGCCCUCUGUCUCCUGUUCCACCAACCUCCAGGAUGGGAGAAUGCCAGGCAGCUGCUAGGCAGAGAGGGCUUUUUUGAGGAACUUGUGUUCUUUGACAAAGCUAAGGUGGGAGAAGCUGAGCUGCAGAGCCUGAAUCAGAUGAUGGGCGCUCCAGGCAUGAAUGACGAGGCCUUGCAGCUCGUGAGCCAGGCUGCAGCAGGGCUAGCUUCCUGGCUUCGGGCCGUGUUGUGCUUUGGAAUGGCCCGGCAAAAAGGGAUCCCGGCAUCGGCCUUGCUGAGACAGGUGGAGAACAUGUUGAUGAAAGAAGAGAUCCGCAUGGGCCGAAGCCAAAUGCUGGCGCAGGAGCUGAUCCAUCAAAACCAGAUCCUGACUCUGCAGGUCGAACAGGCUCGGCUCUCCCACAACCUGUUGGCCGAACGGCUCUCCAGGGCCGUUCAGGGCCUGGAGUCCAGGGGACAGGUGAAGGCUGCUCUCAUCUCCCCCAUGAAUAUCUGGUCUAGCCUGAUUCAGGAUCUGAAAAGAGACCAUCAGACAGUAUCUGGAGAUGCUCUCCUUUCUGCAGCUGCCGUCAACUACCUGGGCCCUUUCCCACCUGCAAGGCGCCAGGAGAUCCUCAACAAAUGGAUGGCACUGUGUGGGGGUCACAAGGACCAUCUGGACCCAGAUGAUGUGGCUUUAGAACUGGUCCCAGAACAGGCCCUACCAAGAAACUUGGAAGACUUCCUCAUACCCACCCGAGUCCCCUUUGACCUUUUGUCAGUGCUGAGCUCCAAGAGUGAGCAGCACCGGUGGGAUCGGGAGCUGAAGCCCCAGGCCGUGUCUGCCCGCCUGGCUGCCCUCCUCUUUCAAAAUCCCAGUCACAGGUUUGCUAGAAGAUGGCCCCUGAUCAUUGACCCUGAGGACUAUGCUUCUCUCUGGCUGCUGAACGGGAGCCAGCAGGAUGAUGAAGAUAUCCUGGAAAUGGCCCAGUAUCUGAACAGAUUUCAAAGAGGGAACACCACUGAAAAAGACACAAACAAGAAGGAAGAAGAAUUAAAGGACACGGAGGAACAAAAUGAGGACACAUCCACUGAAAAAUCAUCCAAUUCUGCAACUCUGUUCAAAAUACUUUCAGCCUGUGACUCCAAUCUGGGAAAGGAACUACUAGAAGCAGCUGCCAAGGGUCUCUCAGUGCUGCUAGGUAAUGUGGAGCUGGCUCUGGACUGUUCUGAGUUGAAGUGGCUUCUUCAGAGGGAGAAUCUGUGCCUCCCUGCAGUGCACCCCAACUUCUGUCUGUACCUGAGCACCAAUUUACCCCUUGACACUUUAGCAACAGGUCUGAACUCAGAGACACUUAAGUGUGUGAAUAUAAUAGAUCUGCAUGUGAUUCCGGAGUUGAUAGAGGAACAGCUUUUCCAGGAGAUUGUGAGAACUGAAAGGCCAGAAUUGGAGUCAAGAUGGAACAACUUGGAGAUCAACGUACUGGAUGCUUAUGAUCAGAUUGAGGCAGCCCAGGUGAGUUUGGAUCUGAGCUUGGGAGACAAUAGAGAGGGAGGAGUUAGGGAAGCAGAGCAACUAGGCCGAGUCCAUUUUCUGCGGGACAUACUGUGCUACCAGGCAGAGAUAUAUCAGCGCAAGGCUAACCUAGAAGAUCUAAAGGAAGUGAGAGACCGAGAGACUGAGCUUCGGAUCCAUUACCAGAAUGUGGCCCACCUGGGCAUCACCAUGUCCCAGUCCAUGUCCCCUCUGCGGCAUCUACACCCCCUCUACCCCAUAGCCUUGGAAAAUUGUCUGAAUGUGACACGCCGUACUCUGUCCAACACUGACUACCAGCUCACAUUGCAGCAUAGUGAAGACCUGGACAGCCACCUUCAGGAGCUGGGAACCCGGCUAGGACGCCGGCUGCUGAUCAGUACCCUGAUCUCCUUGCAGCCCCAUCAUGCACCGCUAGUAGGGGUGUUUGGUGGCUUGGCCCUACUGCAGCUGGCCGGGCAGGCAUCGGCCCUGGAGAGGCUGGCAUUCUGUCCAGGACUAGCAGCCUCCCCAGGGAUGAAAAAGAAUGUGCCACACUUGGAUGCCACCUGCCCUUCCUGGCUAGAACCCAAAGCCUGGCAGGAGUGUGGAUUGCUGGAGCUGCUGCCCCCCUUUGAAGGCCUACGGGCUUCCCUGGUUGUCCACUCAGUUGCCUGGCAGGAGUACCUGAAACUGCCCUCCACAGUGGUGGGUCAGACACCAGGCCCUGGUACCACACCUCUGAACUUACUUCAGAAGCUGGUGCUCUGGCGAGUACUACGACCAGAACAGCUAUCGAGGACCUUGGCUGACUUUACCACCUGCCUUCUGGGGCGUCCUUUAGCUGAGGAUCAGGAUCUAUCAAGCAACCCCUAUAGGCUUAGCCGUCCCACCCGGCCCCUGCUUGUGCUGCUGCCCCCACCAGACCACCUCACUGCCACUGACCACCCUUUACCCUUCAUCUGGAACCUGGCAUCUCGACAGGAGCAGGAGGUGUCGGCCCUCACCAAGAACUACAACCAGCUCACUCUACUGAUAUUCCUGGCAUACCUUUCUCUCUUGGGGCAAAAGCAUCUGCAGGUCAUUGGAUUGGGUUCCUUUCUAUGGGACACUGCUCAGUCUGUGAUCACAGCCCUGAACCAAGCCAUGCGAAAGGGCCACUGGUUAGUGUUGGACAAUUGCCAUUUGAUGUCUUCUUGGCCACCUGAGAUCCUGGAGAUUUUGAUGGGGAUGAUAGAAGGGGCUCAUGUGAUAUCAGAAGCUUUGCCACUGCCUGUGCACCUCUCCAUGUCCAAGCAAAAUCUAGUUGUGCAUAAGAAGUUCCGGCUAUGGUUUAUCUCCUCAGCUAAUGCAGUUGGCUCCCUUCCAGUGGUGAUAGUACAGAACUCAGUUCCUAUAUUCUGGGAGAAGUCACUGGAACUGAACCAAAUCCUGAUAUACAGCCUAUAUGAAAAUAGGAAGAUCCAGGCUAAUGUAGAAAAUUAUAAACCCUCAAUAUCUCUAACUCUGGCUAUGCCAGUGAUAUUCCUGCACAGCCUUCUGUUGCACCGCCAGCUCUAUGGGCCCUGGCUUCAGGCCAGGUAUGGCAAAUGGAAUCAGAUAAUCCUGGAAACAGCACUAAAAACACAGGAAUGGAUAUGGAAGAGAUUCAGCAAUCCCUGGGUGGCCUUGCAGGAGCUGACUGGGAAAAUUUUUUAUGGGGGGUAUGUGGCUGAUCCUGAAGACCAGGCUGCUCUAUUCAGUAUUGCCCAGGCUUGUCUGGACCCCUACAAUGAGUCAAGGCCCAACAGUUUCACUCCAGAGAAUCUGCUAGCUACCCUCCAACCAUCCCCAGAGCUGCUGGAGUUGGAUGCAAUAUCAGAGAUAGAGACCCAAGCACACCUGAUAACUACACUAUCUGAACCUCGCAACUGUGGAUUAACUGAAGGGCCCCAGGCUUGGCUCUCUCAGAAACAGAGUCGGUCCCUUUGGGCUUCUCUGCAGCAGGCCCAGGAUCUCUGGGGACCCUUAAGACUGCCCAGUGCCCAGGCCCAGGCCCUUCAUAAGGUAGAGUAUCGACUGAAGCAUCGAGUGUCCCAGGCCAUCCGGAGGCUCAAAGCACUGCAGGCCAUGCUGACUUUGAGCUCCCAUAGCAAGACUCUAGGUUGGAACACUUCUAAAGGGCUGCAGACUGUGGAAGGCUUCUUGGAGGAGGAGGGCACAGCCCUGGGUUUGCUGUUGCUAGAGCUGCACAGUGACCUUUGCUGCCUGCAGAGGCGGCUGGCAGGGGACCUUCCUUGUUCCUCCCUACGAUGUGAAAAAGUGGCUGUGGCUCUUUGGGCUGGCCGGCUCCCUCCACCAUGGAAGCAGCACGCAUCCGCUGGGCCCCAGCCACCCUGGCUCUGGCUGCACCAGCUAUGGCGCAAGGGCCAGUUGCUAACCAGAUACCUAAGUCUGUGUGGGCAGUUCGGAGGGGCAGGGCUUGACCAGUACAACCGCUCCUUUCACCUGUCGGCCUUCCGUCACCCCAGAGGGUUACUGCUGGCCAUUCGCUGGGAGGCCAGCCAGAAUUGGAUCUGUCCCUUCCUUACUGGAAAUCUAAGCACACACGCCAUCUCUGGCCCUCACCAACCUCGGGUCUGCCCAGCCACCGUCCCUGGUGUCCACCCUCGUUUCCAGUUGCGCCCUAGCUACAUCUCCGCCUCUCCUAAACCAUCCCCCAGACAAGGCUCUGCCAAUGCAGGCCCCCAACUCAGUCCUGGACCUGGACCCAGCCACAGUGCAGACCCCCAACUCAGUCCUGGACCCAGCCCCAGGGCAGGCCCCCAACUCAGUCCUGGACCUGGACCCAGCCACAGUGCAGACCCCCAACUCAGUCCUGGACCCAGCCCCAGGGCAGGCCCCCAACUCAGUCCUGGACCUGGACCCAGCCCCAGUGCAGGGCCCCAACUCAGUUCUGGACCCAGCCCCAGUGCAGGCCCCCAACUUAGUCCUGGACCCGGACCCAGCCCCAGUGCAGGCCCCCAACUUAGUCCUGGACCCGGACCCAGCCCCAAUGCAGGCCCCCAACUCAGUACCAGACUUGGCCCCAGCCCCAGUGUAGGCCCCCAACUCAGUUUUGGACCCUGGCCCAGCAUAGGCCCCCAAUUCAGUCCUGGACCCAGCCGCAGCCCCAGUGCAGAUCCUGGACGCUGGCCCAGCAUAGGACUCCAUCUCAGUACCAGACCCAGCCACAGCCCCAGUGCAGGCCCCCAAUUCAGUCCUGGACCCAGCCUCAGCCCCAGUGCAGACCCUGGACCCUGGCCUGGCAUAGGCCCCCAACUCAGUACUAGACUCAGCCCCAGCCCCCAACUCAGUCCUGGACCCAGCCGCAGCCCCAGUGCAGAUCCUGGACGCUGGCCCAGAAUAGGCUCCCAAUUCAGUCCUGGACCUGGACCCAGCCCCAGUUCAGGCCCCCAACUCAGUCCUGGAUCCAGCCACAGCCCCAGUGCAGACCCUGGACGCUGGCCCAGAAUAGGCUCCCAAUUCAGUCCUGGACCUGGACCCAGCCCCAGUUCAGGCUCCCAACUCAGUCCUGGAUCCAGCCACAGCCCCAGAAUAGGCCCCCAACUCAGUCCUGGACCCAGCCGCAGCCCCAGUGCAGACCCUGGACGCUGGCCCAGAAUAGGCUCCCAAUUCAGUCCUGGACCUGGAUCCAGCCCCAGUUCAGGCCCCCAACUCAGUCCUGGAUCCAGCCACAGCCCCAGAACAGGCCCCCAAUUCAGUCCUGGACACAGCCGCAGCCCCAGUGCAGAUCCUGGACCCUGGCCCAGAACAGGCCCCCAAUUCAGUCCUGGACACAGCCGCAGCCCCAGUGCAGAUCCUGGACCCUGGCCCAGAACAGGUCCCCAAUUCAGUCCUGGACACAGCCGCAGCCCCAGUGCAGAUCCUGGACCCUGGCCCAGCAUAGGACCCCACCUCGGUCCUGGACCCAGCCGCAGCCCCAGUGAAGAUCCUGGACCCUGGCCCAGCACAGGCCCCCAACUCGGUCCUAGAUACAGCCGCAGCCCCAGUGCAGGUCCAGGACCCUGGCCCAGCACAGGCCCCCAACUUGGUCCUAGACACAGCCGUAGCCCCAGUGCAGGUCCUGGACCCUGGCCCAGCACAGGCCCCCAAUUCAGUCCUGGAGACAGCCACAGCCCCAGUGAAGAUCCUGGAUUCAGGCCCAGCACAGGCCCCCAACUUGGUCCUGGACACAGCCGCAGCCCCAGUGCAGAUCCUGGAUUCAGGCCCAGCACAGGCCCCCAACUCGGUCCUGGACACAGCCGCAGCCCCAGUGCAGAUCCUGGAUUCAGGCCCAGUGCAGGCCCCCAAUUCAGGGCUGGUCCCACCCCCCACAAUGGCUCCAGAAUUGGCCAUGCACCCAGCCCCCUGGUGGGGUCUCGACCCGGCCCUGGUCCUGGCCCCAGUGGAGGCCCUGCCCUCGAUUCUGAUGGAGGCCCUGCCUUCGAUUCUGAUGGAGGCCUUGGACUCAGUCCUAGCAGUUCCUCCAUAUACAGUCACUGCUUCUAUAGCCGCCUGGGCCUUAGUCAGAGCUUUGGUGGGAGCACCACCCCGGGACUUGGCUUGGGCCAUUUCCCUCCCUCCAGCUUCAGCACGGGCCAGGCUCGCCAAGGGAUUGAAGCCAUCAGCCUUCACUUUCAGGUGGAAUGUGGACUGCAGCCUAUAGCUCCUGAGGGCGGCCUUCUAAUAACAGACCUGCUGGUCUACCACGCCGAAUGGGACCCCAAGGACAAGGCCCUGCAAGACGGCCACUCCGGCAAGCCCAGCCCUCUGCCCCCAGUCAGCGUCUGGCCCCAGUACAACCGUGAUCCCAUAUUGCCAUCCUCUCCUCUGCCUCUUUACCUCUGCCCUGUGUACCUAGGAGGGGUCCUGGGCUCUUCCCGGCUAGACAGAGACCACCUCCUGUUCCACCUGUCCCUGCCCACCAAGCUGUCUCCCGCCACCUGUGCCCAGCGCAGGGUGUACGUGUGCAGCCCCCCGAUACGCUGA